AUGAGCUCGUCUCGCGGCGACUGCGAGAUAGUUGAGGCGAAAAAAGAUCCGAGCACGAGCACCGCUUGCCGCCCUCAAUCAUUGAGACCACCUCAAGACAGAGAGCAAAAGACUCCCCUCCAACGAAAGCCGCACAGCAAAUAUUUAGAAGAUGACAUCAACAAGCUAUUCGAGUCCAUCAAUCUUCGGGCAUCCAAAAGUCUCGAUCUAUCAGACUGGCCGAGGAAUGCGUCCAAGAAGCCGAUCCGAGCCGCUGGCUCUCAGUCACCGGGGAUCGGCAAAUAUUUAGAAGAUGACAUCAACAAGCUAUUCGAGUCCAUCAAUCUUCGGGCAUCCAAAAGUCUCGAUCUAUCAGACUGGCCGAGGAAUGCGUCCAAGAUGCCGAUCCGAGUCGCUGGCUCUCAGUCACCGGGGAUCGGGUUUUCCGAGGCCGUCUCUUUAAAACAGGCACUGAGGGGAAUGUGCAUUUCCCAGGCGGCCGAGAUGGCUGCCGUCAAGCGGCUAUCGAUGCCAGCAUCUCCAAGGGUUUCAGAGACCAGAAAGUCGUCAAAUGUGGUUCAGGCGAAUGAAGAUUCGGUUUUCAAGCGGGUGGCUGCUGAGAGUUCGUGUUCUUCCGUGAGCUAUGGUUCUGAAUCGGGCGAUAAGAGUCUUGAAUGUGUGUCUCGUGUGAAAAGAGAGGAGGGUACGUGUUUUGAAGAGCCAAAUCAAAGUCCCAGUUCUUUGCCUGCGACUGAAGGGAGUAAGGAAAAGAAAACACCGAAUGAUCUUAAUGACACUAAUGGACAUGAUCCUGAAGUUGCUUGUUCUUCUAGUAAUAGUGUGUUGAAACCGGACAAAAAGGUUUCCAGCCCGAAUAAGGUAAAUGGUCAGAAUAAAGGUAUGAACAAGACGGCAACACCUAAAGUAAAACGCAAACCGAAGUUACAGAACGUACCCUCGUCUACUUCUGUGAAAAUCAAUAAAGACGUGAAGUCGACUCGAACCGCCUCAUGUACGGUCAAACCUGCUGUAAAGAACAAGACCCUCGUUGUAAAGAAACCAAAGAAAGUGACAAUAUCCACAGCUAGAAGAAGUGCAGAAACACUGCAUGAGGAAAAAAGCAAGAGCCCGGGUCAAAAUCAUGCGCCAUUAAUAUGCCAAAAUUGUCAGUGUUCUAUGGAGUAUACGAAUAAAGAGCCCAUCAAGGACCCUCCAAUAACCAACACGACCUCGAAAUCGGCUGAGAAGGCGGAUUUCUCUCAAAGCUCAAAAAGCAGCAUUUGUGAUUUUAGUAGUAGCACGACCAGCCCCAGUGAGGACAGCGGCAGCCUAAACGGGUCCACCUGGGGCAAUAGGCCGCACAUGUCAAAGGACAUGAAAUGGGAAUCAAUCAAUCGUAUAAGAAAGCAAUGUGGCCUCUUGGGGCUGAGUCAUUUUAAUCUGCUGAGAAAGCUUGGGUCUGGGGAUAUAGGCACUGUUUAUCUUGCCGAGCUAAUUGGCAUGAACUGCACGUUUGCUAUAAAAGUUAUGGAUAAUGAGUUCUUGGCAAGAAGGAAAAAGACGGGUAGGGCCCAAACCGAGAGGGAGAUUCUUAGAAUGCUUGAUCAUCCUUUUUUGCCGGCGCUAUAUGCACAGUUUACUUCGGACAAUUUGUCCUGCUUGGUUAUGGAGUUUUGUCCCGGAGGGGAUUUGCAUGUACUCAGGCAGAAGCAGCCUGGCCGAUAUUUUCAUGAACAGGCGGCAAGAUUCUAUGUAGCUGAGGUCCUUCUCGCCCUCGAAUACCUACACAUGCUCGGCAUCGUCUACCGAGACCUCAAGCCCGAAAACAUCCUCGUCCGUGAAGACGGCCACAUCAUGCUCACCGACUUCGACCUCUCCCUCCGCUGCUCCGCCGAAGCCGCUGCCGCAGCCCGAACCAGGGCCCUGCCUCAGCUCGUGGCCGAGCCCAACGAAGCCCGAUCCAACUCGUUUGUCGGGACCCACGAGUACUUGGCCCCGGAGAUUAUCAAGGGGGAGGGGCACGGGAGUGCGGUGGACUGGUGGACGUUCGGGGUUUUACUUUACGAGCUUCUGUACGGGAGGACGCCUUUUAAAGGGUCCUGUAAUGAGGAGACACUGGCGAAUGUGGUUUUGAAGAGUCUGAGGUUUCCGGAGAGCCCGAUGGUGAGCUUGCAGGCCCGGGACCUGAUCCGCGGGCUUUUGGUGAAGGAGCCCGAGAACAGGCUGGGGACGGAGACUGGGGCUGCAGAGAUAAAGAAGCACCCGUUUUUCGAGGGGCUGAACUGGGCCCUGAUCAGGUGUGAGGCCCCGCCUCAGGUGCCGGAGUUUCGUGAUGUGGGGGUUUUGGAGAAGGGGAAAAGGUUUGUGGACUGUGAUGUUGAUGGUGGGCAUUUGGAGUUUGAGCUGUUCUGA